UACAAAACUUUUUUUUUUUUUUUUCGAAAAUGAAACUUGAAAGCUACAAUUCUAAAGAAAAGGAAGAUAACAAGUGCGAAAAAAAUCAUAAAUUGUCACAUAGUACAUUGAUAUCAUAAUUCACGUUUUAAAAUUUGCUUCCUAUUUGUAGUAUGCUGGGAACAAUUUACCUACCGAGAAUAAAGAAAGACCAGUUGCAACUUUAAGUAAAUUUUCAACACUUAGUCUUUAGUUCUUACCUCAUUUAUGUCUUCUGCAUCUCAUGGUCUGAAGAUCAUCCAUCUUUUAAACUGCCCUAAGUGUCUAAUUAACUACAGUAGACGCUGGGGCAGCUGUGGACGAAUCAUGUUUUGGCCAGUCUAUGCGUUACUCUUCCAGCACCUGCAAGGGGUUUGAGGGGUGCAGCAUGCCUGUUGAUUGUAAAUGUGAGAAUCUUGACAUUGAGGAUAGAAAGGGUAGUGGGAGGCAUGAAGAUUGUAGAACGCCACCUGUGAGUCAGGCACACCAGUUAUCAGCCGGAAGCCCACCACCCUUUGGUGCUGGCAAGGUGUUAGAUGACAGUAGUGAAGAGUACCGUGGUCGUGGGUAAAAGCUUGCAUGAAAGAAAGGCGUCCUUUGAACGAGGAAGCUUAUGAAAUUUCUCUCGACAACUAUGGGUGCAUUGAUGGUCCCAAAUCUGGCUGGCUGAGGGUUUUAAGCAAUGCACCCAAGCUCUUCUUCAUUGGCUUGAGUUUCUAUUUUACUGGUGAUUUUCCAUCGGCUUAUGAGGAGGAUCUUCAAGAUUUGGUUAUAGCUGCGGGAGGUACCAUAUUAGAGAAGGACGAAUUCCCAGCACCUAGUUUUAAUGACCAGACUGCACCAAAGGUGCUGGUUGUAUACAAUCUCGAUUCUCCUGGAGGAUGCAAAGUGGGGGAGGAGGUUUUAAUUCUCUGGCAAAGAUUAAAUGAGGCAGAGGGAAUAGCUGCAAAGGUUGGAGCCCAAGUCAUUGGUCAUACAUGGCUUGUGGAAUCCAUUGCAGCGGGUAACUUGCAACCUUUUGUCAGCUGCUAACCUUGAUUUUAAUCUAUAUUUUGUGCUGAUUCAAGGCUUAGUUGUUUAUUUAAAUGAUUAAUCUAAUCCUAUACGUGAAGUUGGCCCUUGUACAAUACAAACUGAAGCUAAUCUGAAUAGUUAAUCUACAUUUCCUAGGCUAUCUGUAGUGGGCUCCCAACUUCAUUGGAUGGCACAAGAAAAAUAUGCAUUAUCCUACAAAUAAGAAGCGCAUCUACAGCAAGUCUCUACUUGAUCAGUAGACUGCAGACGAUUUAUUUGUAAUACUACUGAAUCUUCA